AUGCACAAUACGACUUUCAACGCGGCAGGUUCCGCUUCAGGUGCGCAAGAGAUAUUGGCAACUGCCCAGGCUGACAAGUUUUCUGAUUCGUCCGAUGCUACUGGUGAGGAUGGAUUAUGGGGCUCUGAAGAUGGUGACAACGUUGAGAAGACAGAUCAAGAUGCUAGUGGUUCCUUUCAGCCAGUAUCUUUGGUGUUGCCCACCCGCUCUGCCCCUCCACUUGCUCUACCGGGUCGCAACGUUAUUCCACUCCCGGCACGAGCCACGCCAACGACAGACAUACCAGUUCAUCCCACUCACAAUCCCUCACAAUCACAAUUAUUUUCUGAUCUGCAUUCUGACUUUAUCCCGCCAGUAGACAACACCAACUUAAUCGUCGCUGACAUCCCUGUACCACCCUCCAACCAAUACCCAAGCCAUGCAGACCCAACCUUCUUUGAUUACAGUGCUCCCUUGUACGAAGCAUCCGAUGACAUUCCCGUUCCUCAAGAACAACGGCAGGAACACUUUGUAGACCCUGCCCUUCUGUCUACUGACUUUACUGGGGCCGGUUCCCUAGAUUGGAUUUACGAUUUUCCUAUUCCUACUCAAAUCAACCCUGCACCCACCAACAAUGUUCCUGUACCCCCUCUGAGCCACUACCAGGAACCAGCACGAUUCAUCAACCCGGCACAUCUGCUGUUAAAUCCAAAUGGGGCUGGUUCCCCAAACUGGCCGGUCAACCUUUCUACUAACCCGCAAGGUUCCAGCUACGCCAACCCCACUCCAGGAGCUGGACCUCCUGUCGCCUCUACCUCUCAACUACCUCCUACAUCUUCCUCCCGCAAGCGCGCUCGAAAGGCCUCGGAAACUGAACUUGAACCUCAAACCAAGAAGGUGCGACAAAGGGAUCCCGAGAAACCAAAAAUGCAGAAAGCGCCUUGUCCUUGGCCCGGUUGUGGGAAGAUGAUCGUGGUCAAAAACAUGCAGAGACACAUCGACGGGAUGCAUCUAGGUAAAAAGAAAGUCCAAUGUAGGUACCCAGAUUGUAGGAAAAUUCUAGCAUGGGAAGGUGAUCGUGCUAGACACUAUAGAACUGUUCAUCGCGGACAACCCCCGCCGCCUGACAAAUCACCUUCCCCUGAAGGCACGCCUCAUCUGGAUGGCCCACCUGCUCCCCGAGGACCACCACCACCACCACCACCACCACCGGGGGCAAGCGGGAUUGCUGCAUGCUAA